AACGACGACGACGACGACGAGGUCGUCGUCGCGGCCGCCGGCGCCGGUCGCACGACGGUCGCCCUCGCGACCACCAGCAACUCGAUCGCCGCUGCCUCGUCGUCGACGACGACGACGACGAGCCGUCGUCGUCCGUCCCCAUCCGUGUCCCGGUCGUCCUACCUCUCGCUCAACUCCACGACCGCCACCGCCGUCUACGCGACGACGACGGCCACCCGCGACAAGGGAUCGACAGCAGCAGCAGCAGCAGCAGCAUCGUUAGACGUGGAAGGGAGAAACAACGGUGAGGGCGAGCCGCGCGUCUCCUUCCCGUGGUGUGUCAUGGGGUGUUUCGGCAGCCAGAGCAGCAAGCAGAGCCAGGAUGAAAGCAAAAAUCAGAAGAGACGCUCCGACGCCAUCACCAGGCAGCUGCAGAAGGACAAACAGGUCUACCGUGCUACCCACAGGCUACUCCUGCUCGGAGCGGGAGAGUCUGGCAAGAGCACGAUCGUCAAACAGAUGAGGAUACUGCACGUCAAUGGUUUCAGCGAGGCGGAGAAGCGGCAGAAGAUCGAGGAUAUCAAGAAGAAUAUUAGGGACGCCAUUUUGACGAUAACCAGUGCGAUGAGUACGUUAACACCGCCCGUUGCGCUAGGUGAUCCGUCGAACCAGAGCAGAAUGGACUAUGUCCUGGAAGUCUCGUCUUCCCCAGACUUCGAUUAUCCUCCGGAAUUCUACGAAAUCGUCGAAACACUUUGGAAAGAUCGAGGAGUUCAGCAGAGCUUCGAGAGGAGUAACGAGUAUCAACUCAUCGACUGCGCCAAAUAUUUUCUAGAUAAGGUAGCCAUCGUAAAACAGCCGGAUUACACGCCCACGGAGCAGGACAUCCUCAGGUGUCGAGUCCUCACGUCCGGCAUUUUUGAGACGCGGUUUCAGGUCGACAAAGUAAACUUUCAUAUGUUCGACGUCGGUGGCCAGCGUGAUGAAAGAAGAAAAUGGAUACAGUGUUUCAACGACGUUACGGCGAUCAUAUUCGUCACGGCGUGUAGUAGUUACAAUAUGGUACUCAGGGAAGACCCUACGAAAUUGAGACUUAGGGAAAGUCUCGAUCUCUUCAAAAGUAUCUGGAACAAUCGGUGGCUCCGCACGAUCUCGGUGAUCCUGUUUCUAAACAAGCAGGAUCUAUUAGCGGAAAAGAUCAAGGCGGGCAAGCACAAAUUGGAGGAUUACUUCCCGGAAUUCGCGCGCUAUCAGACACCGGUCGAGCCUGGGAUGGCUACGGAACCCGCGGAAAUACCUGACGUCAUAAGGGCCAAGUACUUUAUCAGAGACGAGUUUCUCCGCAUAAGUACGGCGAGCGGCGACGGCAAGCACUACUGUUACCCGCACUUCACGUGCGCCGUCGACACGGAGAACAUCAAAAGAGUAUUCAACGAUUGCCGGGACAUCAUCCAGCGGAUGCACCUACGCCAGUACGAGCUCUUGUGACUUCGUUUCCGCGGACAACUCCUGUCAUCAUUCGUUAACCCGACGCUCGUCACGCUCGUGCUGUAAACCUUGAAUCACUGCAGCCACUGUGACUCGAAUGACCGAGCGAACGAACGAGCUGUGCUGUGAACUGAUGGCCGCGCAGAACUCGUCAAGAGUUCCACGUACCAUACCUGGACGUAUUCAGGUAACGCGUAGGGCUUCCUCGCCUCCGGUCUAGAACCGGAAAGCCAUAGGCCCUCCCCCCGAGGAACCGAAUCGCGUCCGUCGAGAGCGCGUCAGCGGGGACUCUGAAGAGUGACUCUGCGCACGAAUCGAUCGCGCUUCUUCUUUUUCUCUUCGACGAGAUUCAGAGUCGGUAUGACGGCGAUACAUCCCCCCGCGAACAACUCUCCGCUGCGUGAAAUCUGUCUGUUCCUUCUCGCGCAGAGUAAAUCCGCGGCGAGCCAAGCGAGUGAGCGAGAGAUGACCAUCGUUCGUCGACACGUCGGCCCCGCAGCGUAUCCUAGUAGUUUGUUCGUGAAUUGCAGCUGAAACAAAAAUGAGCGGUUCCUGCAAACGGAUGUAUUCUCGAUCACUCGACUCUCUUUUGAGUUUGAUGAAAGAGUGUGCUGAACACUUGUCGUCGUUGUCAUCGUCGUCAGACAAUGUAACUCUGUUGCGCGUCGUUCAAUUCACGCGUGCGUUACCUCGUUAAUUUUAUUUCUCUCGCACGUGAAUUCCGCCGAUCGUGGCGGAACGCGCGAAGCGUUCCUGUCAUAAGCGUGGGCCAACGUCGUCGUCGGAUGUGAUUCAAAGGACGAUCCUCCUCGUUCAACGCACUCUUGACUCGCGAAUCUAUCGUUCAGAUUAGAGUUAAGGAUAUGUUUCCUAAGACUUAGGCGAACCUCUCCGGUAAAAGAAAAUGAAAAAAGAAACGACUUUUAUCUCAUUUUUCCUCCUGUUCUCCUUUAAUCGUUUCCAAAUCUCCGCUAUACUUUUGCUCCCUUCUCUCCCCUUCCCCUCCCUUACCCUCUUCCCCUCCGUACAUCACGCUUAGAAUCUCCGCGUCUCUCGUUUCCUUCGUUUUCUUUCGUUGAGCUUUCGACUUCCGAAUCUCAAUUCUUUUUAUUGUUAUAUUGGCCCGCGACCUAUAGGAGUCUCAGCCGCGCCCUUUUUACGAGAAGAGUAUUUUGUGAGAUUUUACAGUAUUUCGAAGAGCGUUUUAAUUAUAUAACUAUGUAUCGAGUAUAUGUACAGGGUGACCGUCCACGGAUUCUCAUCGUUUUAACGUACGUUUCUUACGAUUGAGAUCUCUCACGGAUAUAUGGAGUUCCCCUUUUUUUUUCACCGAGUUAUAUAUGUAUACCGUAAAUCGAGUUACUUUUUUUUUAAUUUCUCUGUACUUAGGCACGCGCGCUACCCCUCCGCAGUAGCAAUCGUCUCUGUAUGCCCUAGCCCACGUAAGAAAUGUGCCACGUUCAAGUUCUCCGUUACUACGCACGCAAGUAUAAUUUCGCGAUACGUUGCACGCGCGUACGGCGCGGCGUUCUGGUACACUUUCGUGUAAGAGUGAUCAUUUUUUCUUUCGCUCUUGGGAUUUGCAUCUCGCUUUCAGAGAAAUCGUCGCGCUUCUUGCCGGAUAAUGUGUACAAAUUUUUACGCCACAGAUUCAACGGUUCGAUCCCGGAACGAGACGAUGCGUGAAUAGAUCCCGUCGCUCGCACAUCUGUUGCUCUAUGCUUGCAUCGCAUCUUCCGACUUGUCGUCGCUACUUGAAUGCCCCACGUGUGUGGUGAGCCAUCCGCCAUCUUUCCUUAGAUCUUCAUUACACUUUAGUCGAAAACGACAACGAAAUGCUUGCGCGCUAAUGACGUAUAUACAUAGAUCAAGCCAUGAUUUAAAGACAACUAAUUAGCAACUAAUUCCAGGUCAUUUUUCUAUCGAAAUACCGAAAUCAAAUAUUUUUCCGCUACAAUAUUUAACGAUAAAUAAUUACAAAUUUAUAAUUGUAUAUAAUAAUUUUAUAAAAUAAAGAUACACUAUAUAUACAUAUAUUUUUGGUGAGAGAUAUGUACUAAGUCUGAAAAUUUGGCAUGCAUCAAGUGAAGAUUGGCCGCAGUCGUCUUAAUGAGGAGAAAUAACAUAACGCAUAAUAAUUAGUAUUAACGAGUAAGCAUGGAUAAUAACGUAUUGGAAGGAAAAGCAAGAUUUCAACGGACGAGUUCCGCAUAUUUACAUUGUCAAUUACCGACUUCAGUCUUGCUCUAGAAGAGCCGGGAAAUCCUUGAUCUAUGUGCGUAUAUCAUUGUGUGCUCGCGUAUCGAGUUGUCUAAAAGAUCUAUGCGUGUGCGUAUACGAUAUAACGUCUCGCCAGUACAUUAUCCAUAUGUACAUACACAUCAUCGUACGUUUCGUAGUCUCUUACAAGAUUCCGUGUCGAAACAGAAGAGAAUUCCGUAAAAUUAUGCACAGCACGCUCGCAAACACACUUUCAUACUUUACACGCGUUAUUCGGUUAAUCUUUUAGCUGGAUACGUUAAUACAAGAAUUUGCAAGAAAAUCGAAGACCGUUCACCGUAAAAAAAUUUCAAUUUGAAUCGAUUAGAGUUUCUCUCGCGAUUAAAUCAUGCUGUAACUAUUUCACAGCGACUAAUAUGGUUACGACAAAUCUGGACCAUUCUGCUCAAAAUUGAAAUGCAUCUCUGCUCCUCGUUUCCAGUAGUCCGAAUGAAUCUUUUUAUUUUUGCAUAUUAUGAGAAAAAGUUGAUAUGCCGAUUAUUCAUUCAUCGAUUAUAAAUGUGAAUUAAUCAAAUCAAAGGGAGUGAAAUAAGAGUUAAGAGGCAUGAAAUGUACGAGAUUCCGAGGAUUUUAUGCAACACACUGUAAUACACUCGAUUGUUACACUCUUUUGCCUUUCUUUAUUAAUCAAUCGUGUAUAUUGUUAUAGUUCAAUCUUUUUGUCGCACAAUUGAAACGAUCGCGUUUCAGUUUAUCUUAUAAGAUUGUUUUUUAGGACUUCAGAAAUUUUGAUUAAUUCUUUUUUUUACUAUAAAUACCUACGCAAAUUUAAUUUUUUCUUUGUGUCGGAAACACUAGCAUUUUGUCCGCUCGACCUACUAAAUUAAUAUCUCGCGCGCGACUCUUACACUUUUCACCGUUUUAACUCGACGAGAACAUAGGAAUCUCGGGGCAUUACAUAACAGGUAUCCUCUACACGCCGACGUGUCUACAACUACUACGUAAUUGUAACUUUAUACAAUAUCGAUGUACAUGUACGAAUACGUGAAGUAUGGUAUCGAAAAAUAAACGACCGUAAAUGUUGCGAAGCAAAAUUUUUCUCUGCUCUUUGCGUCAUGUCUUCUUCUUUUACUUCAUUUACUUAACGGAGCAAAGAAUUAUGGAAUUAAAUUCAAAGAAUUUUAGCAUGUCUUUAUAGAAAAAAAAAUAACGGGAAAAUAAAAAUCACCGGUUCGGCGAAGAAAUUGGAUAAACCGGUCGUCUGAAUAUGUACAUUUGCAUCUGUCGUUCUAAUAUAUGUAUAAGUACAGACAAAGCAUAGUUUAUAAUAUAAAUAAGUUCGUAAAACGUUAUUUUUAUUACGACUGAUAAGAAGAGGGAGAGAGAGAGAGAGAGAGAAAUCGAAAAAAUAGAGAAUCUCUUCGCGAUUAUUAUCUAUCGAACUUUCGUGAAACUUUAAUAUUUACAUCCGGCACAAAGUCAGAUGCAGGCGAAUAUAACGAGUAAUUAUUAUAAUAUUCUCAUGCCUGUAUUUCUUUCCUUUCUCCUUUUUUCCUGUUUUUUUUUCCACAAUAGAAAAGAAGAAAUCGCAGGUACGCUGUUCCAUUUUCUGACUUCGACAGGUUUAGAUAGUGACGUCGAAUGGAAAUUAGCGCGAGCGGAAGAUAAAUCGAACCCACGUACAUAAUGACGAAUUUCUAUUGUCCAUGCUACUGACCAUGCGACAGUACGUACGUAUGUGCGUUUUGCGUGUAUGAUUGUAUGCAUGACACGCAAGGACAAUGUCGCUAUUAUUUCACAGAGGCCAUGAAAAAGAAGGAAUUCACGAGUGUGUAAUAUGUAGUUUCUAUGUGUGCGUGCGAGGUAUACGUUAAAACGAGAUGGACGAUGCGAUGUGCCGAAUAAAUAGCUGAUUUACGUGGCUGCGAAUAUAUAGGAGAGACCGGCGCUCAUUGGCACAAGAGGCAAGUUGAUAUCGCGUUCCGUUUGUGUAUUUAAAAAAGAAAUAAUAAAAAGUUAAUGCAAAAUAUUAUUUUGUACGACAUAAGUACUAUCUUCAAAAUUUUACUUAAAUCAAACAAGUAUAAUAUACAAAAAGGAAAAAUCUGAUUCAAGAAGAUAUGAAUAUUAGAUUUCAAAAUUUCAUAUUAAUGUCCUAUUCUUUCAUGCUUGAAAGAAUAAAUCUAAGUAAUAUAUUAUAAGUUAAAAGAAAAGUUUUUGUUUUACAUACGAUAUGUUAUUAAAAAUUAAAAUGUCAAAUAUAUGUAGGGACGAGAUAUGUUAAAGACUAGCUCAGCUCGCGCAGAUGAGAAAUGUAUUCAACUUAAUUACGAUUUAACUCGGACGAAACUAUAUGCCUCGGUCUCUCUUAUAAGGCAACGUUAUUUACAUAUGUUACCUAUAUAGACGCCAAGAUCGCACAAGUUUUCUUUUAUCGUACGUAAAAAGACGCGCAUGCAUAUACCGUAUGCGUAAUAUAUCAUAAUUUGCACAGAUUUAUUAUUAUUUGUAAAUACUAUACAAUGUCACAGAGUCGAUGUUAUCGAGAGAAAGCGAGACGUUAUGAUUUCGGCGGACCCGUUCAAAAUUGCGAGUCUCGUAAUUUGGAUCAUAAAUGAGCGACAGCGACGGAGAAAGCCGCGUCGAAUUGAUGAAAAUCGCUGUUACCUGUUGAUGAUCGGGCGCGAGAUAUACAUACACGUGUCUCGCGCUGAUCGGGAAUGUGACUUUAGCCAAUAAUGAGCGACAUAUAAGAGAGGAAUGCGAUGUUACGCGAUACAAACGCUAGUCGUUGAUAAAAAGGAGAAGGAAUGCAGUACGUUGUCCGCGAGGCGCAUUAUUGUUUCAUCUUUAGCAAUAUUCUUUGUGGACCACGUCACCGAUUAUGUAGCCUUAAAUAGCGAAAGUGAAAGUAGACAUGCGGAAUUGGAAUUAGUAUAAGGAACUAUAAUUACUACUGCAGUAACCAUCCGUAUCAGAACUUUGUGGUCGACAACUCAAUUGUACUAACCCGGCUAGCACCAAUUUUGAUUCAGUCUAUUCUCUUCUUAUGUAGACAAGAAAAAGAGCUAAAAGAGAGAUGACAUGAAGUCUAAAAGAAGGAAAAUGUUUAAAAUAUUAGAUUAAAAAUGUUUUUUUCUUUUCAAAAAAUUUUAUUAACGUGAAUGAUCUUUAAUCCAAGUUGGAUGCUGUCACGAUUGAGAUUAGAUCACGAACGAUUCAUGAUCGUUGCGUUCACAGAUAGCACAGAGAGUUCAAAAAGAACUCAAUUGUAUGUCAUCAAUUAUGAAUUCUUUUUGCAUCUCAAAAAGAAUUUAUAAUUGGUGACAUACAAUUGAGUUCUUUUUGAACUCUGUGAUAUCUGGGUUGUUAUUCAAUAAACAAUCUUCUCACAUUAUCAAAUCUUACUAGAAGCGAAUAGUAUCGUUGUAACAUUAAUUAUUAUUGUCAUCAUAAUGGGCGACUAUCGCGACGAGUCAUUGUUGGGAGCUGAUCUACUAAAAGUAGCAGCUUGAACGGGUCCCUUAUAACACUAGUGAGAUUUGCAGAUUCGGGUCGAAAAUUAUGCACAAAGUCUCGAAAGUUUAUUCAAUGAGCGUAAUAAAAUCACGAUCAAUGUCCAUAUGGCACGAGCGCGACUUUGCUUUUAUAAGAGAUUUAUCAUGGAAUUUUAUAUUCUAAUUUUUAUAUAUAAUGGCAUGUUUUAAUCUUGAGAAAGAGAGAGGGAGGGAGGGAGAGAGAGAGAGGGAGGGAGGGAGAGAGAGAGAGAGAGAGAGAGAGAGAGAGAGAGAGAGAGAGAGAGAGAGAGAGAGAGAGAGAGAGAGAGAGAGAGAGUUUCUUUGCGAUUUUUGAGGAAGAAAACCAAAAAUCUAAUUUUAUGGCAAAUACUAGUGCGGCAAAUACUUUCACUCUGUCGAGAUUGUUAAAGGCGAAUGCAUAAGAAUAUAUGUAAAAUUGUAUAGAGCACGCGCUUGCGAUUCCACGUUACCAUUAUCACGAAUAAAUCGUAUCCGACUCUUAGUUUUAAACAGUGAGCUGCGGAAUAGAAUGUCAGAUAUACUUUCUUCUUGGAUGAUUUCAUCGAUGGAAUCAGAAACAGAGAUUGUAUAUUCGGCGUGUUAUCAUUUAGUCCGAUAUGUGAUGUAUAUACAUAUAUAUAUAAAUAUAUAUUCGUUAUAUUUAUUAAAAUUUUAAAAAAUAUUGAAAGCAACGCAUGCAUAUAUAAAUAUAUAUAGAGAAGGAGAAAGAGAGAGAGAGAGAGAGAGAGAAAACUUGGCAGCUAACUGAAAUAUAUGGAACGAGCGAACGUUUCCACGAAAGAUGCAAAUUUAUUUCAGUUCGAAUCGAUAUCUCGAUGAAAUCGUCCAAAUGUGGCAUAAUCUUUUGGAACUGGGCCAGUGCACUAUCUUAUUGCUCUUCCAUUCACGGAGAGGAAAAGAAAUAUUCCAUUGUCUUGUAUCUAUAUCAUGGUUCCACCAUGGUUCCAUAGUGGAUCGUGCCUUUCUAUAGUUUUUCUCACACAAGUCGUUUCAUUGAUUCCUUCAUCAUUUGUCGGAAAAUUUAAAUUCUUUCCUAGGUAAAUUGGAAACGCGGAACGAUCUUGCAUAUUCCGUACUUUCACCGCUAUAAAAUUAAUUUUUAACGUCAAGUCGAUAAAAUUAAUCUCUAUAGAGAUAUGUAAAGUAAAACGGAAUAAUACGCAUGUAGUAUUUUUUUUUUUCUUAAACUUAUUCCUCUGUUGCAUGUAUUUAUGCGUUCUUGUUAAAUAAUUUUUUAAAUGUGAGAUUGUUCCGCCGUUUUAGAAAAAAUUGAGAAGCGAGAGAAAGAAGCUACUUGUGCCUCGAGCGCGUUAUCUAUUCUAGAAAUUAAGUAAUUAAUCGAAAUGGUGUCAUUUCUAAGGAUAAUAUGUAUGGUGAACAAUUGUCAGUGCUAUUUGGAAUUUGACUUUUUCUAGUCUUCGAUAGCGGUUCGCUGGGCUCCACAUUUUUAUAAAGCGUAAAGUAUCGCCGUUAAAUAUACAUCAUCGCGCGUUUAAUGGUAUAUAUUAUAAGAGAGAUAUUAUAUAUGGAGAGAAAGAAUAUGUGAGUGUGCAUGAGAGAGAUAGAGAGAUGAGAUUUAUUGACCUUACCCACAAAAAAGAAAAUAUAUCCAGUAAAUUAUAAGACGCAAGUAAAGAAUCAUGAUCGGAAGAUUGACGAAUGAAACGUCGUUCCGUAAAGAUAAUCACUUUUAAUCCAAAUCAUUAUAAGGAAAACGACGGAUCACAUAAUUAUCAUUGUACGUAAAUGUAUAAAAGUAGGAAACGCGAAAGAAAAGAAACCAAAAAAAAGGAAAAUUAACUCGUCAAUAAUUAUGUCCCUUCGUUUUCUCUCGUAUCAUUAAAUUAUUCGUUAUUGCGUGUCUCUUAGAAAGAUGUCUAGCUGAAGACUUAAAGGUGGAUUACUAUUAUUAUUACUAUUGGUGAGAGUGAGUGCAUGAGAGAGAGAGGAGGGGGAGGGGCGAAAGCAUGAAAGAAGGUAUCUAUGGCGUUUAAUAAGUGCUAUACUAAUUAAGGAGCGACUGAGUCGAGACAAGUCUAGUAAGAGCAAACGUAAUCUGACUGGCAAACUCGUGAAAUUUGUUAGGAAAUCAAAUUCAUAUUGUUCGUGCCACGAUUUCCAUCAACUUUGUUUGUAUUCUGGCCAGUGUAGCUUAUAAUUCCGCCAGAAGAAAUUAUAUUGAUAUGUAAAGAGAAAAAGGAGGGAAGAGCGAAAUGAGGUGAAUCAAGUGUAGUACCUCGCGUACAGUGCAAUUAAUACAGAUGAAAAAAAAAAUAUAUAUAUGCUGCCGUGUAAAAGUACGCAAACGAUCAAACACAUAUGGUUAAAGGCACUUAGCGUGCGUGUAUAUCGUUAUAUAUCUGAUGGUGCCAUUCGAAUGCGAAUCGUGGAACGAACACAAGUAGAAUAUAAAAUAAACAUAUAUGUAUAUAUAUAUGUGUGUGUGUGUGUGUGUGUGUGUGUGCGUGUGUGUGUGUGUAUAUGUUUAUUUAUAUAUACAAAUAUAUUAUAUAAAUAUAUAUGCAAUUCACAUUAAAUCAAUCGCGCAAUUCGAAUGGUAUGCGUUGCGUGUAUUUUAAACAGUGUAUAUGGGACUACGUGCAUGAUUGUGUUAAUCGUGUUACUAGAUUACGAGGAAAAUAUUUCAUUCUCAUUCUGUGAUGACUGCUGAAUAUUAGAGAAGUGGGAGAAGAAAUGUUUAAAUGAAGCCUUUUAAGGCUAAUGGAUUAAUAAAUUGAUUUAGCGAAUAAAGAUUUAAUUAACAUUCGUUGUAACUAAUCGCGCAAAAGAAAAAGAAAGAGGAAAAAGAGAUGUGCAUCUUUAUAGACGUAAAGACGUGCAUGUCUCUCGUUCGUUACGUGUGCAAAAAAAGACACAAUAAAUAUGUCACAUGCAAGCCAUAGGACUUUAACAUGUUAAAAUCGGUAAAAAUCAAGAAAAAACUGAAAAUACACGCUGUAUCCAAGUUGCGGCGAGAAGAGAACAGUAUGAUUUGUAUACUGUAUAACUUUAGUCGUUUACUAUUGCUUUCGAGAAUAUAUAAAAGUUAUGUGUAUAAA